UCUGAUGAUACGGCCAUUCAUUCAGUCUAAAGCAGAUCAGCUUUUUGGUUGUGGAAAAGUUGCAGACAUCGUACUUUGGAGAAAUGUGAAGAAUACUUCUCUCUGGAAGCACAUUUACUUCGUCUGCAGACCAACUUUCGUUUGUGCUGUUGCUCUGUAUGGACUCUCGUUUGUGCCAUCAAAGAUCUUUGGGUUUCUUCAAGUCAAAAAAAUACUUCCGUGGAGAUUCGAGAUUUCGGAGUCUGUAGUGAGAGAUCUUAGCAGGGAUAUCAUAGUUGCAUGGAACCACGGAGUUCACAGUUUAAAUUCCUUAAGCAAAGGAGGAGACUGGAUCAAGUUCUUCAAGGUUGCUGGAUCACCAGACAAUCGAAGAUAGAGAGCUCUUGUUCUUCAAGGUUUAUAAUCCUUGCGCUUUGCAAUAUCCAAACGAUUGCUUGGAGACUAACUAAUCGCAUGUAGCAAAUCAAAAGGAGCAAUAGUCAUUAGAGUUGUGUCAU